GAACACUGACAGCUUGUGCGUCUCCUCCUCUUCUCUACAUCUCGUACGUCAAUCGCUCCAUCACUCCCCCCCUUCCUUCACUUCCUUUCCCUGCACAUCGUUCUGGAAGAAGAAAAACACAUAUACAAUUUAAAACCUGAAAAGCGACGAUAGGUAUUUUUAGCGCGCGCGUGUCAUGGAUGUAUGAGAGAGAGAAGAGAAGGAAUGGAUUCCGUCUACCUGCUCCUGGCUCUCCUCGCGCUCCCGGUGCGCCUCAGCGCCGCGGCGGAGGGAAGAUUCGGUUGUCUGUUUGAGGAGACUCUAUGUAUGAACUAUGAGAUCUGUGUCAAUGAUGGUGUGUUUGGCCAUUGUCAGAUGAUGGUGGGAGCAGAUGUAUACACAUAUGAUAUCACACCAGCAACCCUGCAGAGAUUCCGUACACUACUCUUGAAACUUUCACUUCGAGGCCUGUCAUGGGAAGAUGACAUCACUCAGCAGAUCCUGUCUAAAGAAUUUUCGAAACUACACAGGAUUCCCCUGUUACUGCCUGACUCAAGACAAAUAGUACAAACAGCUGCUGUGGAAGAAAAGAGACUAAAGCCAUUGGAGGAGAAACUUAGCAAAAGUCUGCAGAAGUAUUUGCUGAACCUGAGUCUGCUGCCUAAACAAGAUGGUCAGGUCACCAAAAUGAAGUCUUCUCUGCCAGCAACUUAUUAUCGUUCUGGAAAACCAAACAGUAAACUCGGCUCAAGCCCACCUGAGUUCACCCCAGAUUCACCCUAUCAGGCACCUUCUUUCCCUGAUCUCACUCGUUAUCAGAGUGACAGAGCAUACAAUACACAACAACAACAGGAUGGUUCAUACUUCCCCCUUACUGCCCUAAAGCAGUAUGUGUCUCAAAAAAUGGCAUCCAGGCAGAGAGGUAGACCAAAACCAGAAGCAGUAAUCCCAAAGGCUGGAGCCUCACAGUUGCUUGUCAAAGAACCGUUGACUCAAGUAGAUGAGACCUUUAUCCGAAAUGUUCUACGAAAUGUAGGAAGGCACAAUGUAGAUGUGGAGAGUUUAAGUGCAGCAGAUCUGGACCAGCUGGCCUCUCUCAUAGCUGAUGCUCUGCAGGUAGUGGACAAGCAAACAGAAAAGGGAUACCGACCCCGAGACCUGCAAACAGAAGACCUGCAAACUGUAGAUCCAGAAACAGGAGAACAGCGCCCUGAUGACCAGCAGCCAGGAGGAAAUUCAUGGAAUGAAAAUACCUCAGAGUUAGUAAGGCAACUAAAUGAAGAAACUUCACCACUCAGUCAAAAAUUUAAGACCAUGCCAUCUCUGUCAGGGGGACAAAGCAGGAAGGAAGAGAGAUCUAAUGCAAAUCAUAAGGAAGUGCAAUUAUUGGGAAAGUUGCUAGAGUAUCUGGAUAAGACCUCCCCCUCAGAGCCGAGUCCUCCUGUAAAGGGACAGGGCAUAUCCGUGGAGAGAGUACGCAGCAGGACAACCCAGUUGGAUGGAAAAGUACAGAAGAAGGCCAUGGAACAGGUGGAGGAGGUGGAGGGCUGGGUGGAAGCUGCUGCUAUAGCACCCUCUUCUGUCCUAGAAAUGAAAAUCCCCCCACAUCAACAAAAUGUGAAAGUGCAGGAUCUGCAACUUGAUGUGCAGACCAACAGUAACAAUGAUGUCUAUGGAUACAUCAUUACAGAUACUGAUUCUCUUCCCACUGAUCAGGGUUUGCACCUGAUGGAGAUUUUGUGUCAGAAAGCAAAGAUCCAGAUGACUGAUUUCCUUGAGCUUUCUGUUGUAGGUCCAGCUGUGACAUUCCAGGUCCGCACUAAUGAUCAGAAUAUCACCACAGCUGCCAUUGUCAAUGUGGCUGUUAGCCAGAAGGCUGCAUUAGAGAAGGAGGCUGGAGUCACCAUUUUGGAAGCAGGAGUUACUGAUAAGACUAAGUUGAGUCAAAUUCCUACCAAGUAUAGCCACUCUGAAUCUAUGAAGUUCCUCAUCCUUACGGUAAUAUCCAUCGUGUGUAUCAUCAUUGUCCUGCUGAUCUCUAGCGUUAUCUAUUGUCUGCGCCAUCGAUCGCAUCACAAACUUAAAGAGAAGCUCACCAAUCUCAGCUCAGACCCCACUACUGAAGCCACAGCCACCUACCAGGAGUUGUGUAGGCAGCGGAUGGCCGUAAAGCCCCCAGUGGAAAGGGCAGAGAUUAGACAGUCAUCUCGCAUUAACAGUGUGUCCUCUCAGCUGAGUGAUGGACCAAUCCUGAGCCCCUCUGCCCGUACAAGCACUUCGUCCUGGAGUGAAGAGCCUGCCCAUACAAACAUGGACAUUUCCACUGGACAUAUGAUUCUGUCGUAUAUGGAGGAUCACUUAAAGAAUAAGAACAGGUUGGAGAAAGAGUGGGAAGCUCUUUGUGCAUAUCAGGCAGAACCAAACACCUGUAGUGUUGGCCAGAGAGACUCCAAUGCCAAGAAGAACCGAACGACGGCCAUCAUACCUUAUGACCAUUCUAGGAUUUGCUUGAAAGUGGAGAACAGCCAAAGCAAUUCUGAAUAUAUAAAUGCUAGCCCUAUUAUGGAUCACGACCCCAGGAGCCCAGCUUACAUCGCCACUCAAGGUCCUCUGCCCUCGACUGUUUCUGAUUUCUGGCAGAUGGUGUGGGAAAGCGGGUGUGUGGUCAUCGUUAUGCUGACCCCUCUAACAGAAAGUGGAGUUAAACAGUGCUACCACUACUGGCCAGACGAGGGCUCUAACCUCUACCAUAUAUAUGAGGUUAACCUGGUAUCAGAACAUGUGUGGUGUGAGGAUUUCCUGGUUCGUAGUUUUUAUUUGAAGAACAUGCAGACCAAUGAAAGUCGCACAGUCACCCAGUUCCAUUACCACACCUGGCUCAACCAGCAUACACCUGAAACCAGCCAGGCUCUGCUCGACUUCCGCAGAAAAGUAAAUAAAUGCUACAGAGGAAGGUCCUGCCCCAUCAUAGUUCACUGCAGUGAUGGAGCAGGGAGGACUGGGACGUACAUACUGAUUGAUAUGGUUCUGAAUAAGAUGGCCAAAGGUGCUAAAGAGAUUGAUAUUGCUGCUACACUGGAACAUCUGAGAGAUCAAAGACCUGGCAUGGUUCAAACCAAGGAACAAUUUGAGUUUGCAUUGACUGCAGUAGCAGAAGAAGUGAAUGCUAUACUCAAAUCCCUCCCUUAGUGAGAAAUAAACCUGCAAGAGACUCCCUCAUCUUCAACCUUAUUUUUUCCCCAUUCUUUGCCUCAUUCUCUUUAUCUGGAUUGUGUGUAUAAAGUUAAAACUCUCCUUUAAUGCUUUUUCCUCAUUUUUUUUUAUAUGUACCGGCCUUGAAAUGCAGACAUUCUACUGAUCUUAAAAAGAUGUUAUAUGUUUAAAUAUAUUAGUCAUAUAGCUUUAGAUUUUUACUUACAUACAAAUUUGUGCAUUCAUUUUUGUCCAGUUUUUAAAUCUCUGGUGGCUGGUGACACAUGUUAAAUCAUUGUCAAAUUUCAUAGUGUGCUAAAGCCAGUAACUUUUUUCUAAAGCUAAAAAUGACGUUUAAUACAUCUGCAUCUAAAUUGAUCAUACUACAAUCAUAAUAACUGACUUAUGGCAUUGAUAAUAUAGUUUCCAGCUUUCAGGAGUGCUCUUGAAGAUAUACUUGGUAAAGCAAACCUGUGAAACAAACACUGAAUGACCAGAUUAAUGCCCAGAUUAAUUAAUUCUUAUUAAUGGAUUUUUUUUUCUUUCCUGUUGGAAUAUGGGGUUCAAAUUGUGAAAGCGCGAUUCUGAGAGCUUAAGGGAUAAUUUUUACAAAUGCACUGGCCACCACAUUGUGUGCCGUAAUCAAAGCUAAUGGCAGUUUAAUAUUAGUGCAUGCAGAUUGUUUUUUGUGCCAGGCAGUGUAUAAAGGUAAUUUAAACUGCCACAGACAAUUAUGAGGCAUUCAAAUCCCACUGUUUGAUACAUAAUUAGUUUUUAGGUUAUGUUCUGCCACUGGUAAUGGUCCAUAUGUUGUGUUGGUAUACAUAUAUUAAGCACAGGAAUGAUGCUUGAUUUUUUUUAUUUUACUGUUUGGCUAAGAGUCCAGUAUUUAAUAAAUUCCAGAUUUACAUGGUCCUGUGACCUGAAACCAAUUGAUUAAGGACUAAAAGCUGAUUAGCAUAAAUAAUAUAUGAACUCUUAACUAGACUAUUAACUAGAAUCUAAAUCUGUACUCAAAAAGCUGGAACUACUGUAUACUUAUAUAUACUUGUACAAGCCCUACACACAUUAACAUUCUCCUAUCAUCUCACUGUCACUGCUGUGCUGAGAACAGUAUAUCACUCUAAUCAUAACUGGUCAGUGGUGGUUGAUUGAGUCACAAAGUGUGACUAGCAACAUAUAGUCUACAGUCGGUAGACUUAAGUACUCUUACUGUAUACGCAAGUGUACAGGUUAAAAUGACCUGUGUUUGUAGGAACAAAUUGUGGAUACUAAAUAUCCUUACACUAAUUGGUCUUAGAAUUCGCUCGACAUAAUUAAAACAUAAUUACAACGUGCUGUGAUGGUAUAUAGGGCAGACUGCGAAGUUUUGUCUUGUAAGUGAUGAACUGCCUUGUUCAGCAACAGUAAUCAUUUCACCUCUUUACUUUUUGAUUUUGAUUAUUGUAUAUAUAAGCAGAAUUCUAUUAUAAUCUAUUUUGCUCUCUCAACAAAUGAAAAGCUGCUGUGUUGUGAAUAAAGUUUAAUUGUAUGUGCAAAUGUGA